CCUAUCGUUGCCUGGAUCCCUUCGCGCCAAGCAGAGAGGGCGCGACCGAGGGGCCGCCCUUUCACUGGAGCUGAAGCCGCCGGCGAAAGCUGCCGCGAGCGCAUGCGCCCGGGAGAUGCCAGGCUCCGGAGUCUGCCGCGGAGUUGCGGGCCGGAGCCCAAGCCGGCUGCGGGGCAAGUGCUCCGGGACGAGCCACAGCCUACGGCUUGCUGCUGCCAGAGCCACCAGGAGCGGGAAGUCCUCCUCCUGGGUGACGGGGGUGACGGCAAGAGCUCCCUCAUGAACCGCCAUGUCACCCACAAGUUUGACUCCCAGGCCUUCCACACCAUCGGGGUGGAGUUCCUCAACCAGGACCUGGAAGUGGACGGAUGCCUCGUGACUCUCCAGAUCUGGGACACGGCGGGACAGGAGCGCUUCAAGAGCUUGUGGACCCCCUUCUACCGCGGUGCGGAUUGUUGCCUCUUGACCUUCCGCGUUGAUGACCGGCAGAGCUUUGAGAACCUGGGCCACUGGCAGAAGGAGUUUGCCUGCUACGCCAAUGUCAAGGAUCCAGAGCAUGUAGUGCUGGGAAACAAGGUGGACAAGGCGGAGAGGCAGGUGGCAGCAGAGGAGGCCCGGGCAUGGUGCCUGGCACAUGGCAACUACUCUUACCUGGAGACAUGUGCCAAGGAUGACACGAAUGUGGCGGUGGCUUUUGAGGAAGCAGUGAGGCAGGUGCUGGCCUCGGAAGAGCAGCUGGAGCACUGCGUCCUGGGCCGCACGGUCGAUCUGCACCGCAAUGCCAAGCCAGGCUCUUUGUGUUGCUGACAGGUGCCAGACGAGAACUGGCUGCUGUUUACAGAGGGAGGGAGGGGAGGGUCCUCAGCUUUUCUCUUUGGCCCACUGAGGCCUUCACUGGUUGAACUGCCCUAGAGUAGCACCUCAGCCUCCUGCUCAUGCAGCGUGGGAUUGGGCUCUUGUGGAGGGCACUUCCGGUUCCCUCUCCUGCCCCCCUGCCCCAUGGGUUGUAGAGACAUGGGUCCAGGGUCCUUUGUCUGUCCCAGACAAAGCAGGGCCAGGGGGAGCAAGAAUUGCUGGAGCUGUUGCACAGUCAACUGGUGGCAGGCAGGCUGAGUCAUGUGGGACUUUCUGGUCAAGGUGCAUUGUGCUGAUGGUGGGGGGAGGGGUUUCCAAUGGGUGGGAGAGCUGAGCAGAAUCAGCCCAUCUAUGGCUACUGUUAGUGCCAAGCAACAAGAGACCUCUGGGUUAUCUCUUCCCCCUUUUCUGCCUUUGCUCCUGUUGCUUUCCCUGGUGCCUCACCUGGAAGUGGGGGAUAAGCCUCACUGUUUGAAGAAGCAGGUGGCUGGGAGCUGAAUCUGGGGGCACAGACUGUUAACUUGGCUAGUGUAUAUCUUGGUGUGGUGUGCGUAAGCUCAAUGAAUCCAAAAGGUGGCCCAUGAUUAUGGCCAUGUUGUAUCUCUGAUUAGAGCAAAGGUCAAUGCCAUUCCCUCCAUUCUGCUUUGGGGCAGAAAACUGGCCAAAUUCUGCAUCACCACCAGUUGCACCAUUCUUGGGGAAGUUCUUAGCUCUCCAAAGUUGCAGGUGCCUGGCCUCUGGCAAGGGAGGCUGGGUCCCUCAGAAGUACACUUUCCGUGCUGAACAAAUGCCUCCCCUCAGGCUGCUCUGGAAAUGAGCACCUCCCACCGCCUAGAAAAACAGCGGUAUAGGAAAAAGACGAGCUGCUCCUUUUGGCCAAAGAACUAAGCCCAUGAGAGCACCUGCUGACACCUAGCCUGGCUGGUCAUUCAUGUUCACGGUCACAGGCAUCCUGCACGCCACAUUCUGACCAUUUCCCCACUGUCUUUGGGGUUCAGCAGAGGUGGCUUCAGGAAUGGGGCAGUUAUAGGUGGGGCAGAAGCCUUGAAUUAAUUUUGUGCAUAGACCCAUGUUAAGAGAAGCCCCAACCCAACUGCAUUGGUUGGGGGUGUUCCAAGUGGGGGUGGUGGUAAUAGAGGUGGUAGCUUUUCUGGUGACUGAAUGAAGGAGGGAAAACUGCCAAGUGCAUGAAAAGAGUGAUGUGUAGCCAUGCCUCCCAAGUGUGUUCUUUGCAUCUUUUGCAACAAGAUUAAGACACUUAAGGUAGAGUCCAAAUGCAGUAACUUUUUCAUUCGUUUCAAAGGAAAAUUUACUCCUAGUGUUACAAGCAUGAUUAUUUUUUUCAAAGCUGUUUCCAGAGAGUCGUAUCAGUCUGUUGCAGCCAAACCAAGCCAGUAGCACUAAUA